AUGGGCCUCUCCUCAAUAACACAGCACUUCAACGCCCGCCUCGCCGCCUCCGUGCUGCUCAUCGCCCUCUCCCAGUUCAACUAUGGCUUCGACAACCAAGCCUUCACCUCCACCCAGGCCAUGGACGCCUUCGAGCGGCAGUUCGGCGAGUACGACCCCGCCACGAAGGCGUACGCAAUCCCGACGUACUUCCUCUCGCUGCUCAACAGCCUCAACUACAUCGGCUUCGCCAUCGGGUUGGUCGUCGGCAGCCUGACCAGCGCGCGCUUCGGGCGGCGCACGACUAUGUUUGUGAUGAGCGUCUACGCGCUGAUCAGCGCGACGGUUGUGGUCACUUCGACGAGGAAAGAGCAGAUUUUGGUGGGGCGGAUAUUGAAUUAUGUCUACGUUGGGUUCGAGUUGUCUGUUGUCCCGGUGUACCAGUCUGAAAUCGUGCCUGCCCCUGUGCGAGGCAUGGUGGUUGGGACGUACCAAUUGGCCAUUGGUCAAGAAAAGCUCGGCGGCCUCGUCAUCAACUCCAUCUGCCGCGGCACCUCCCAGUUCCAAGACAGCCGCGCCUACAGAAUCCCCUUCGGCCUCUUCUACGUCAUCCCCACGAUCGUAAUCUGCCUCAUCUGGUUCAUCCCCGAGUCUCCCCGCUGGCUCCUCCUACGCGACCGCACCGAAGAAGCCAAAACAGCUCACCACACCCUCCGCGCCGGCACCAUGCCCGACGCCGCGAUCGCCCUCGAGUUCGCCAAGAUCCAGCAGUCCCUCGCCGACGAGCCCGAGCAGGGCCGCACCCGCGAGCUCUUCCAGGGCGUCAACUGCAAGCGCACCGCCAUCGCCGUCGGCAUGUCCUUCUUCCAGCAGGCCACCGGCCAGGCGUUCGCGAGCCAGUACGGCGCGGUGUGGGUCAAGUCGCUCGGCACGCUGAACCCGUUCGACGUCACGCUCGGCUCGUCCGCGCUGACGAGCGGCAUGAUUAUCCUGUGCUUGUUCCUGACCGACCGGGUCGGACGACGCAAAAUUCUUCUCCUAGGCUCCUUCAUCCAGGCCGCCGCGCUCUUCACCAUGGCCGGCCUGGGCGUACACACCCCGAUCCCGACCUCGUACAAAUCCGGCAUGGUCGGCAUGCUCCUCCUCUUCGGCUCCGGCUUCGGCCUCGGCUGGGGUCCCUUAACCUAUGUCGUCGUCACCGAGAUCCCCGCUCUGCGCCUGCGCGACCGCUCGCAGCGCGCCUCCUCGCUUGUCAACAUCUUCAUGAACUUCCUCGUCAACUUCACGCUGCCGUACCUGCUCAACAAGCCGUACGCGGGCCUGCAGAGCAAGGUCGGCUUCAUAUUUGGCAGCAUCGCCGUGUGCUCCGCGCUGUUUGUGUUUCUUUGCGUGCCCGAGUGCAAGGGCCGCAGUCUGGAGGAGAUUGAUCGCAUGUUCCACGAGGGCGUGCCCGUACGGCGGUUUGCGGAGCAUCCGAAGUUUGAGGUGGAGGUGGCUGCGGCGAAGGGAGUGGAGGAAGAGGAUGGGGUUGAGCAGCAGACUGUCACUGCGAAGUCGGGUUCGGUGGUUUGA